AAGAGAAGAGUGCUGACAGCUUAGCACAUUAAGAAGGCCACUCCAGGAAAAGUAUUCUCUCUCAAGUGUCAUCUCUUCCUCAAUACUUCCAGACCAUGUUGUAGAGGCGAGGCAGUGCAGUGCAGGGCAGGGCAGGGCAGAUGAAGCUUGAUGUUGCAAUUAGAUCACUAAUAAUUGGUAUCAUUCUCUCCAUAAACUCAGCUUCAUCAUCCACAUGCCCCAUGAAUUUGGGUUAUGUUGGGACAAUCCCAUGGGACUCUGCAGCCUGCAAGGAAGCACACCAACAUAAUUCAACUGCUUGCUGCCAAACCCUAGUCAGCCUCUAUGGGGUUGCCCUAUCCCAGUACCUCAAAGACACGUCCUCCUUCAGGCUGCCAGAUUUGGCCACUUCCAUUGCUUGCCUCUCGGCCUUCCAAGCCAAGCUCUCCUCUCUUGCUCUGCCACCAAGCCUCACUGACACCUGCUUUGAUCCCCACAACUAUGUCAACACCACCGCCGCCUGUGCAGGCAUCCAAACAAGUCGAGACUGGCAGGACAAGGCCGGCGACCACGCCACCCCGCUAGAUGCCGACUGCCGGCACGACCUCUCUGACCUCACUGCCUGCGAUGCCUGUGUCCUGGCGGGCUUCAGAGCCCAUUCCCGGCUGCUCUCUGUUGAUGGGAAUAUCUCCCACGCCAAGGGCUGCUUCUACUACACAGUACUAUAUGCUGCUGGUGUUGUGAACCGGCAUGGCCCCAAGAGCAUGGGGGCUCUCUUGUGCAUCUUUGGGCUUCCGAUGUCCUCCUUGGAAAGCGGUUCGAACUCGGUGAGCACAAGCUUCCGCGCCCUGGUCUAUGGUUCAGCGGGUGCUGGUGCUUCUGCUUUGGGCGUGUUUUGCUUGAUUGGGUUGUACUUGUGGUGGAACAGUUGGAGAAGUCUCAAGUCCUCUAGAGUUUGCUCCAGUUUCCGGAUCAAGACAGGACCAAGAUGGUACAAAAUCAAGGAUUUAGAAAGGGCAACCGAUGGAUUUUCGACCAAGAAUAUAAUAGGGAGAGGACAGUUUGGGAUUGUCUAUAAAGGGACACUGCAAGAUGGAACGCGGGUUGCUAUUAAAAGGGUCUUGGAAUCAGAUGUCGAAGGCAAUCCCGAAUUCCAGAAUGAAGUUGGGAUCACAGGUGCUUUGAAGCACAGGAAUUUGGUGCCUCUCAGAGGCUGCUGUGUGGUCAGUGAAGAUGACAGUUCUGGAGAUGGAGAAAGCCAGAGAUACCUUGUUUACGAUUACAUGCCUAAUGGAAGCCUCAAUGAUCACUUAUUUCCCUCAGAUCAGAGCCCAGUUGGAGCGAAAAAACCAUUGACUUGGCCUCAAAGAAAGAGCAUAAUUCUUGAUGUAGCAAAGGCUUUGGCCUAUCUUCACUACGGGGUGAAGCCUGCGAUAUACCACAGAGACAUCAAACCCACAAACAUACUAUUAGAUGAGGGAAUGAGAGCCAGAGUGGCUGAUUUUGGAUUAGCCAAGCAAAGCAGAGAAGGGCAGUCUCAUCUCACCACCAGGGUGGCUGGCACACAUGGCUACUUAGCCCCAGAAUACGCACUUUACGGGCAGUUGACAGAGAAGAGUGACGUUUACAGCUUCGGGGUGGUGGUUCUGGAGAUGGUGUGUGGAAGAAAGGCUCUCGAUCUCUCAACCUCUGGGUCGCCAAGGAGUUUCCUAAUCACGGAUUGGGCUUGGUCUUUGGUGAAAGCUGGGAGAAUGGAACAAGUUUUGGAUGCUUCGUUGCUGGGAGAUGGGGAGAUGGUGAAGGGAACAAUGGAGAGAUUUGUGCUUGUGGGGAUUCUGUGUGCUCACUUGAUGGUGGCUCUGAGGCCUACCAUUUUGGAAGCUCUGAAGAUGCUGGAAGGAGAUGUUGAGGUUCCUGUAAUCCCGGAUCGACCGGUGUUUGUUGAUUAUAAUGUCUUUCAUCCCAUUGAGUAGCAGCAGAUGGGAGUAGAUAGAUCUCAAGUUCAUGCUCAUAACUUUCUAGUAACACAUAACCACCUUUGAUCUCUUUGAGUUA